ACUGCCGUUGUCUCAUUUUGCCCUCCGAGUCUACACAGAGUCAGUUCAUCCACAUGAAUGAAUGGUGCAGUGUGUAUCUCAUUUGAAAUGCUGCAGUUGUGGAAAUAGUGCAUUUUAAAGAUUAAUUUUGACAGCAUUCUGCUUCAUGGAACUGUUUUAUUUGUGUCUUCAGGAUGUUGACCUGAAAGUAUGCCAAGAAGUUUUGGAUGACUGCUGUCCACAUCAAGGAGAUGGUCAGCUGCAACUGCAAAAGGAGGAAGAAGAUAUAAAUCAAAGCAACCACAACCAUGUAGAUUCCCUUCUCUCAUUAGAGAGCUAUUUACAGCUUCUGUCUUCGCAGAUGGAAAACAUGCUAGAGGUGAGGUUACUGGAAGACAUACAAGUUGCUACUUCUAACAGAGGUCAAGACCCAUCAUCCUCACACCAAAAUGUAAGUUCGACAGAGACACUUCAUCGUUUCAGUCCUCACGAUGCCAUGCUACUAAGAACAGACUACUCCACUCACACAAGUUCAGAAACAAGACAUUUACAAAGUCAAGAGUCUUUUUCUCAGUCAAGUUAUAGUAUCACAAAUCCAGAGUCACUUCAUGGGUCAAAUUUGACAGCGUUGCUUUCAGCUGCUGACAUUAGAAACUUAAUGGCCCAUGAUGAUAAUUUUGAUGAAAUUAAACUCAUGUCUUUGGCUUUGGAGAAUGGCUUUAAUACCAUAGAAGUUUCUCAGCAAUUUGAAGAACCUGGCUCAGAUUCAGGAUUGUCUUUGAACCCAAGUCACAGCACCGUCUCUUAUGCAGUCAGCAGUGAAGGUGCUGUUGAGUACAGUAAUGGUGUGAAAUCUGCUUCCUUGCUUGGGUUAGGGACUGUUGGAGGCCACUGCCAAGAAUACGCUAAUUACGGGCAUGUGGAAUAUCCAGGUGACGCAGAGUGUUCUAGAGAAACUACACUUCAGCAGUUUCUUCAUAACUACACUUAUAAUCAGCUGCCAAGUCAAGCAGCACCCGCUCCAGUGCAUCAACAGAUAUGGAUGAAGAAACCCAAUGAAGUAAAGGGUAGGUGCUAUAAUUCUACUGAUACAAAACUUACCAGUGAUGAAUACCGUGCAAAAGCUCUGAGACUACCAUUUUCAGUUGAUGAAAUUGUGAGCAUGCCUGUAGACUCUUUCAAUGCCAUGAUCACAAAGAAUCAUCUGACAGAUACUCAGGUAUCACUUCUUCGUGACAUCAGACGGAGAGGAAAAAACAAGGUCGCCGCCCAAAACUGUCGGAAACGCAAAAUGAAUGCUAUUCUUAAUUUGGAAGAAGAUGUGUGUAAUCUUCAAACACAAAAGGAGAGCCUUAAAAAGGAACACUCUCAGUGUAGCAGAUCAAUCAGCCAGAUGAAGCAGAAGUUAAACAACUUGUACCAUGACAUCUUCAGUAGACUGAAGGAUGACCAGGGUAGACCUUUUAACCCAUGCCAAUAUGUCAUUCAUUGCAGUAGCGAUGGCAGUGUUUUCGUAAUACCCAAACAGCUGGUUAAAUCUGAGCAGAAACAAGAUAAUGAAAAAGAGCAGAAACAAAAAGAUGGCCAAAGAUGACUUU